CCUCUCUCUCUCUUCUCUAUUACACUAAAUAUACCUUAGCAUCUUUUUUGUCUACCUUUUGUUAAUAAAAUAAAGCUCUCUCCCUUCCCCUUUUCUCAUUUUGCUUUCUUUUCUUUGACUUGUUAAGGGUUUUUGUUUUACCUCAUCAUAAUCACACCUUUCCCCUUUUUUUGUUCUCCUCCCUCCCGAUAUCCAUCCCCUCUUCUUUCAAGUUGGAAGCUUUUUAUGAGCUGGUGUUUAAAGGUUUCAAGAAUUGAAUGUAAUAAGAUGGGUUGUUUCACUGUUUUAAAGUGCAAAAAGAAAAGGCCUGAGCCGUCAGUUUCCAUCAAGCGUGUCAGUCCUAAGGAGCAAAUACCAACUACUCUACCUGAGCCACAGGUCCCAACACGUUCAUUGCAGUCAGCACCCCCUAGUUUUCGGACCAGAGUGAAGCCUGUUCAACCAGAAAACAAAGUACCUAGCAACAGGGCACGGGCAUUAUCGGCUCCAGAAAGCCUUGAUGCAGCAGAACAAGAUGCUCUUGCAUCAGCUGAAUAUGAUGAGCAAGAGGAGUCAAAAAACCGAAUUGGAAUUUCAAAGGAACAACGGCUACCGGGUCCACAACCUCUUCCACUCCCUUCACCUCAGGGUGGUGCUAUACUGAAGCCUAUGAGUAGCUUUAAAUCAGUGAAUAGCAGUGGCUCUCUUUAUGCUUCUGGUCCGUUGCCACUGCCUCGCAGUGGAACAUACAGUGGAACACUCAGGAACUUUCCAUAUGAAGAAAUUCAAUCUGCUUGCUGCAAUUUCUCCUCAGAUCGAUGUGUCUCUGAAGGCCUUUCUUCCAUAAUGUUCAGGGCUUCCUUUGGAGAUGAUACUGCAAGUUCGAAGAAGUUUGAAGCUAGUGUUAUUCGCCUUAACCCAUCUCCUCAGGGUUUAAAAGAAUUUAUUAAUGAGGUUAAUACCCUUGCAUCUUUGCAACAUCCAAACUUAUGCAAGUUGCUUGGUUAUAAUGCACGUGAUGGCUCAGACCAGAGAAUGCUGGUCUAUGAGAGGCUUUAUCAUGGAAGCUUGGACCGGUUACUGUAUGGAAGGUCUGAUGGCCCUCCCAUUGACUGGAAUACCAGGAUGAAAAUUGCUUUAUGUGCUGCGCAAGGUCUUGCUUUCUUGCAUGAAGAAGGGCCUUUCCAGGCAAUGUACAAUGAGUUUUCUACCGCCAACAUACAAAUUGACAAAGACUUUAGUGCAAAGCUUUCAGGAUAUGGUUGUGUUGGCCACAUCCCUGAAACAGAGAUCUCUAACAGUACAGCGGCUGCCGCAAAUCUCUCUGUAGAGACAGUAGAGAGAGGGCUAUUGACUCCGAAGAGCAAUGUAUGGAGCUUUGGAAUUUUUCUUCUUGAACUGCUCACUGGCCGGAAAAAUCUUGAUAGUCGUCAUCCUAGAGAAGAGAGGAACUUGGUCAAGUGGACCCGGCCAUUUCUAGCUGAUGACUGUCGACUAUCAUUGAUUAUGGAUCCUCAACUAAAAUGCCGUUUCCCUGCAAAAGCAGCCCGCACAUUGGCAGACAUUGCUCUAAGAUGUCUUCAGAAGGAUCCUUUAGAAAGACCAACUAUGAGAACCAUUGUGGAACAUCUCAAAGUCAUACAAGACAUGAAAUACUCCAGUCGCUUUCCUCUGCAAGAGCCAGCAGCAGUUGCUGGUAAACAAAUGUCCAGAUCUCCUAGUCUCAAUGGGAUCAUCACCCCAGCACCAAGGUUAAGUUUCUCACCAUCUCCACCAUCCAGAGCCCGGCCAUCCAUUUCCCCUACCAGGCCUCGAGCAUUGCCUCCGUCUCUACCUCCCCGUGCUUGUUCCUCAACUCUCUCUCUUGAGGAGCUAGAACGGCAAGAAAGCAGGAAAUCAUCUUCGUCGGCUGUUCGAAGGCCAGGUGUUGAAGGAUUUUGAUUGUUAAUAUAUGCAUUUUUUCAUUUUUUGAAUGGCUUUUCUUUUACCCUUUUUGGUGAUUCAACAGAAUAUAUAGAAAGAUAAAAAUGUGGUUCUUCCACCUUCCCAUCCCUCGAUGUUGAUUAGAGUGGAUUCUAGUUUGUAGAUAGAGUGCAAACCCUAGUUCGACUGGAUUCAAUUAGUUUCAUUGUAAUCAACAAUGCUAUUUACAUGAUAGUUUUCCAAA